AUGAUUGCGUAUAUUGAAGAAAGGGCGCUUCUUGGAGCUACGAUAUCUGGAUUUCGAAAAGGGCAUUCGACAACAACUGUGUUGCUGGGUAUUCGAGACGCGUUGAUUCGAGCAUCAAAGAAAGGAGAGGUAACUCUAAUGGUUUAUGCAGACUAUAGCAAAGCGUUUGAUACUGUACAGUUCAGGUCUGUUCUGACUAAAAUGCAUGGAUUGGGUUUUCAAAAUCAUUUCUGCACUGGAUGAUUAACUAUCUUACAAAUAGACAACAGUUGGUACAAAUCAACGAUAGUAAAUCUAGUCUUACCGUGGAAUUUGGCGUACCACAAGGCUCAGUUCUUGAACCGGCGAUUUUCAAUCUAUACGUCGUUGAUUUACAGGAAAAGCUUCAACUACCUUGCUAUCAAUAUGCGGACGAUGCUAUAGUGCGAUUGGUCGAUUAUUCUCAAUGCUCUAAUUUGGCACUGAAUUCCUCCAAAACUGACUGGAUGCUAGUUCCCACACCUCAGAUGGCACGUGCUCAUGAUCUGGGUGACCGUACGUUUAGUAUUAAAUCUGGGGACAAAUUCCUUGAACGAAUAAAAUGUAAAAAUCUUCUAGGAAUUUAUUUGAACGAGCAUCUUUCAUGGUCUUCACAUAUCGACUAUUUGCUAACUUCUUGUUAUGGAAUACUAGCAGUGUUGAGAAAGAUGAAGAAUUUGACGCUUUCCAUGUGA